GACACCCAGCAACCUCGGCCCGGCGCCUGCACCCCACAUGGACAGAGACAAGCUCCCCCCAGAGCCACGUGGGGGCUUCGCCUUCGAGAACUGCCUGAGGAAUGAGGCUCUGGCGAAGGCCGGGGGCCCCCAGAGUUUCCUGCCCCCCAAGGCCAGAAAGACGGGAACGACCAUCGCGGGGCUCAUCUACAAGGAGGGGGUGAUUCUCGGGGCCGACACUCGCGCCACUGACGACAUGGUCGUAGCCGACAAGAACUGUGAGAAAAUCCAUUUCAUCGCCCCCAACAUCUAUUGCUGUGGGGCAGGGGUGGCGGCUGAUGCCGAGGUGACGACCCAGCUGCUCUCGUCCAACAUGGAGCUGCACUCGCUGUCCACCGGCCGCCCGCCCCGCGUGGCCACCGCCUGCCGCUUCCUCAAGCAGAUGCUGUUCCGGUAUCAGGGUCACAUCGGGGCGUCGCUGAUCCUGGGGGGCGUUGACUCCACCGGGCCCCACCUGUACAGCGUCCACCCCCACGGCUCCACCAGCAAACUGCCCUUCACCUCCAUGGGCUCUGGGGCCGCGGCGGCCAUUGCAGUUCUUGAGGAUCGGUUCAAGCCGGACAUGGAGCUGGCGGAGGCCCAGGAGCUCCUGGCCGACGCCAUCACGGCCGGGGUGCUCAGUGACCUGGGCUCGGGGAGCAACGUGGAUCUGUGUGUCCUCACCCGGGGGGGGGCCCAGACCCUGCGCCCCUUCCGCACCCCCAUCCCCCGCGGGCAGAGGGCGGUGCAGUACCGGGCCGGUACCACAGCGGUGCUGAGCGAAGCCGUCGCCCCCCUGCGGCUCCAGCUGCUGGAGGAGACGGUGACCGGGAUGGACGUCGACUGAGCGCUGCCGGCGCUGGGGGGGGCCUGGAGCCCCGAGAUACCGACCCCCCCGGACACCCAGAUCCCCCCGGGACACUGAUCCCCGACCCCCCCACGGGACACUGAC